AAAAUCUUUGCAGUAAGACACGCUAUCAGUUACAAGUGAAAGGACAAUUUAGUUUGAUAAAUUAGCGUUAAUAAAUUUGGAAUUAGCUCGUUAAUAAAAUUUUCAUAGUUAUGUGAAAGUACUAUUAAAUGGUAUAAAAUUUGAUAUACUUGGCCUUAAUCGAUUAAUAUAUAAUACAUAGAAUGAUAGAUAUCGAUAUGGAGAAUGAUGGAUAUCGAUAUGGAGAAUGAUAGAUAGAUGAAUAUCUUUUUGUAGCCACUGUAGAAAGAAUCAGGAAGAGAUGAGAAGAGUUAAGGACAAAUAGAAAAGUAAGAGAGUCUCAAGAAAGGAGCAAAAACUUUAGGACGCUAGAAAAGGACAAGAAGAGGUGAAACAAAGUAGGAGAAGGAGAGCCGGUAAGAGCUAGAAAGAGAUAAGUAGAAUCAGGAAAGGGUAGAGAUACUGAGGAAGGGUUAAAAUGACUCAAGAUACCAAAAAGAGUAGAAAUGAAUGGUAAAAAGUGCCAAGAGCCAAGGAAAGGUAAGGAGAAGCAAAGAAAAGCAAAAAAUCAGAAAAAGAUAAGACUAAUUAAAAAAAGACGAAAAGGGGGCAUAAAGUGGCAGGGCGAGUAGAAAGAAACGGAAUUACAUGAGUACAUCGACAUCCUGGGCCAGUCGCUAAGAUGAUCAAAAGCCACAGACUGUGCCGGAUUAUCCUAGGCUACGCGCACCAGGAGAAUAAUUAUGGGCUUGCGCAGAUCGUUCACCGGGGGUGGGGGUAGGUGGCUAAGGAGAAAUAAAGCCUCGAGCCCAGGCGGUGAAUGCGGCCACGGAUUGCGAAAUUUCCCCGGCCCGUUUCGUCCUCCCGGUUAAUCGUAGGACCUCCAUCCGAGUCAACCUGCUCUCUUGUCCUUCCUGUUUGCGGACACGUUGAAAUAUUGGCAGCUGCUCGCGACGUUUUCCUGGAUGCUGAGGCAUGCGCCCUAAAAACUCUGGAAUUGAUGUAUUGCAGAGCGCAGAUCUGCAUUUAUUACCUGCUGUGGACAGCGACGCUUACCUUAGAACAGGAAACCAGUACCGCGAAAAAUUGGGACUGCCCUGCAGAAUGCAUUUGCCUAUCUCCGAAGCAGGUUCUCUGCAAUACAGGUGGGUUAAAAGACAUUCCUACCCAGCAGCUGCCACAAACAGUGGAGGAGCUCUCCCUGACGAAGAACAACUUCCCGGUAAUAAAAGGCGACGCAUUCGCCGGCUUGAGAGUGCUGCGAAAGCUGACGAUGGAUGGUAACAACAUCUCAACCAUACGUCCAUUCGCAUUUCGAGGAUUGAGCAAGUUACGUGAACUCUCCAUUCAACAUACACCCCUACCAUUCAUCGAGAAAUUCUCUUUCGCCGCUCUACAAAACGUAUCAUUAUUGUUAUUGGCGAACAACAAGAUACGAUACAUCGAAGGCUAUUCAUUCGCUGGGACCUCCAAUGUCCGUUUAAUUCUAUUGAGCAAUAACCCCUUGCUCAGAAUUCAAAGCCACGCGUUUUCAGGCUUAACGAACGUGGUUCGCCUGAUAUUUCCAUCAGGAAUAAGAACCAUCGAGCCGGACGCAUUCGAUGGCCUCCAGUAUAUUGGUCUCCUAAAGUUGACCUACAUGGACCUGUCUUCCCUUCAAUCUUACACAUUCCGUGGCUUGUCCUAUGUGCAGUCGUUGAACAUUCAGGAAAGCGAUUUGGGUAUCGUCGAGAAGGAUGCCUUCACUGGGCUCACCCACGUUGAUCGACUAAAUAUCGUAAAUAACAAGAUCGAUCUGAUCGAGAAAUUGUUUCUACGAUAUGAAAACAAUAUAGAUAUGUUAAGAUUCCAUGGGAAUCACGUAUUGGAGGCGCCUCGACAUGUCAAAGACAUCAACCUGGAAGUAAAUUCUAUCAGCGCCAUUGAUAACCACUUUCCCUGUGACUGUCAGGCUCACAAUGUACUGGACAGCGAUUUUGUCAAUGGCACUGUUAGCGAAUUUCAGAAGAGAAAUUAUUGUAUCUCGCCAAUCGAGUACAACGGGAAACACAUGGAUCUAGUAGACUUCGGACUAGUCGCCAGAUGCUACGACAACGUCGUGCAGGACAACCUGGGCUCCGGUGUCGUUGGGAUCUUCACUCUGCCAACCACUCUGUUCCUCAUUCUUCUGUUCCCCAUGAAUUUAUUCCAGUGAACCCAGAUCUGCUUCAUAAGGGUUAGACAAGAGAAUUUUCGAAAGUAACGUAUACCAAACUUUUCCUAUAAUUCUUUCUCAUUUAAAUAUUUAUGUAUUUAUACACAUAAUAGAUCGUUUCAUAUAAUACAGAUAACCUACAACGAUACAUUUUUUUUUAUCUUACUUCACAUAAAACAUCGAGAUAGAUCUACACCAGUUCCAGAUCCUAUAGAGGUUUAACUAUCAUUGCGGCUCCAUUUCGUGAAGUCAUUAUCAAGAAACUUUUUCUAUCGUUCGAUUAUUAUAACUCGUACAAUCUUAAGCAUGCGACUAUGAGCUUUAACUGGCCCAUGUAACUGGGCUGGCGAAACCGCAUCCAUUUGGAUUUAUUCCGUAAACUAAAGGUGAUUCCGAGUAAGUGACUUGUUCACGUUUAUCACGUUAUAUUAUGUUAACCCUUUGUUUUAUAUAAGCUUUCUUUCAAUUAUUUUUAACCCAUUCGAGGCCAAAAUCUUAUUAAAAGAGAAUCUCCAAGAACCAGCAGGACCAGCUUUUCAAGUUCCUACUAAAUUCCUUUUUAUCUCAGAAUUUAAACCAAUAUUUAUUUUAAUUCUUAUAAAAUUUUACUACUAUCUGAUUUUUGUAGGAAAUUAUUUUUCUAGCAUCUUCUUGAGGCUGGUAUCAAGACGCACAAGAUGCGUCCGCCUCGAAUGUGUUAAUUAUUCAAGAAAUUUGAUUGAAUGCCUUAAUAUGGAUAAUAUGUACUGCCACGACUUUUUAAUGUACCUUUGAAUGUAUGAAGCAAAGAGUUAACAACCAGAGUUGAAUAGAUAAUUUACGUCGAUGAUAAUGAAAGUACAUAGAGAGUAAGGAUAUAAUAAGGUGAACUUAUGUAAGAAACCUUUGGUGAAAGAGUCAAGUUUUUCCGUAACCCAAGGGAAAUAAAUAGCGCUACUUGUGUUUUGUCUUAGAAAAAGUUAACUCUCAGUGGAAUUCUCAAACUAUUUUACAUUUGUCAGUAUUUUUUAUCAUUUAUUGGGUACCACAUCUAUUAUUAUUAAAUUUAGGAAAUUAGUUAAAAAUAUCUCGAUUCUCUGAGAGUUAACCGAUCAUGUGAAUUCUACAUGUGCGUAGUCUUCCUUAGGUAAACAAACUGCUCUAAUAAAAAGUUCGAUUUUGUUAUGUAUAUUUGAAAAUAGUAAUAUAAAGUUCUUUAGGAUAGUUUAUCUUCAGAUUUUAUUUAUUUUUAAUAAAAAAUAAGAUAUAUCUCGCGGCCUAAAUUAUUUCCUUUUACUGAUUAUAAAUUUGUAUUAUUUUAAUACGUACAAGAAUAAGGGCUAUUUACAAAUAUUUCAUUGUUUCACCGAAGUUUAAACUAAAAGUCUAAAACUGUGCUUUUAACUAUGAAAAGAACGAAAAGAGAGAAACGUUUUUUCUCUUGUCAUUUGUAAUGUAAAGUCUGCGUGGCCUUCGGUCAGCAUAGUAACCGAGGACCAAACUAGCUUAUAUUUUUUACCAACAUCAACCACAUAACGUAUAACAAAAAAUAAUAAUAUAAUAUAAUAUAAUAAAUAAAAAGUAAUCUGUAACCUUU